UUAAAUAUUGUUGCACAGCUUCCAGAGACAACAUGAUUGGAUAUGUAUUGCUACUUCUGAUGGUUUCAGAAGCCAGCUCCAUUAUCAUCGACGAAGACGAGUAUGUCUGGUGCGAUGGUAACCCGGCGGACAUCUUUUUUCUGGUAGACAGCUCCACAAGCAUAUGGAUCAAGCAUUUCCGGAUGCAACGUGAAUUCCUAAAGAACAUUGUACAACUGUUCCCGAUAGGUCCUACGAAAAUGAGAAUAGGACUAGCUCUGUUCUCCGACCGGUACUAUCGGGUCAUGCGCUUCAACCAGUACAACAACACAAAUGACCUACAAAGAGCUAUUGGACGCAUUCCGCACCUAUAUGGAUCUACCCAUACGGGAACUGCACUCCGGAAACUCCGCACGAGAGAAUUCCCGCGUGCGCGAAAGAACGUCACCAAAAUAGCUGUUGUUUUAACAGAUGGCGUGUCUUUCAAUGUGAAGGAGACAGCUAAACAAGCUGAACUCUUAAAGAAGACCGGCGUGUUCGUUUUCGCUGUUGGCAUCGGUAAGAAGCCGAAAAUGAGCGAACUCCGAAAAAUCGGAAGUGAACCAUCCAAACAGUUUGUAUUCUCUGUUGCUGGGUUUGAAGUUCUGAAUGAAAUCCGAGGAGCGUUGGCUUAUAAAGCAUGCAGAGUAACACCGGAAAAGGUUCUGCCUUACUGUGCUGCACGACGUCCGACCGAUGUCAUGUUUGGUUUUGAAUCAGCUGCGAUGGGCACGUACCGAUCAGCGCAUGUCCGGAACAUGAUCGCUAAUGUCACAGGUUACUUUGGUAACAUGGAUGACGGGACUAUGCAAGCAGGACUGUUCCGGGGAAUAUGCAACGAGAAGGACAUACAUCUAAAUGAAUACAAGUCAAAAGAUGAUUUUGUUUCUGAUUUGCAAAACGCCACGGGGGGAACUAGAGACAUCUUGCACGAUAUGAAGGAUACAGGAUAUGCAGCAGCAUACGGCGGUCGAGAAAAUGCGAGAAAAAUAGCUGUCAUUUUUAUAGACGAUAGUACAUCUGAUCUCAACCGAGUCAUUGAAGAAAUUGUUCAGGCAAGGUCAGAGGGCAUAGAAGUUUUUGUUGUUGCCAUUGGCGACGACAUUGACCUUAAUGACCUUGUCGAUGUCCUUGACAGUCCACCAGAGGAACAUCUAGUCACUGCGUCGACACACAAAAAUCUUGACAACAUCCAGGGUUCCUUCUCCGAUAUGCUUUGUGACACGAUAGAAGAGGAACCCACGCCACCACCUGCAGCAUAGACGCGGUUAUCUCCCUUCGAACAGACUGGUUGCAUUAUAACUCGCCGAUGUCCACGUCAUACUGAUACUCGGCGACUGCCAUUAUAAUUUGUCUGAAAGCGUUAUUAUUUUAUUACAUUAUAAUCUCUCUCACUCUGUUGAAAUUCCUCAUUCCUAUAUCACUUUUUAUGAAUAGUUUUCAAAAAAUAUCUUAAUGAUAAACGAUUAUUGGAUCGACCUAAUACGAUAGAAUUAAAGAAUAUCUUAUUUGUGAAA